AUGGAAAUCCAGAUGCAUCUAGAGGCAGAGUUCUGUUUUCCAGAGCUACUGAACAGUUCCUGCAGGAAGCCGACACUUCACUGGUCCAAAACGGUGCUCCUGAACGUUGGGCUUUCGUUCAUCUCUGUGAUCACUGCUGCUCUUAAUCUGCUCAUCAUCAUCUCAGUCUCCCACUUCAGGCAGCUCCACACUCCCAGUAACAUCCUCCUCCUCUCUCUGGCUGUCUCUGACUUUUUUGUGGGUUUUCUGUUGAUGCCGGUAGAAAUCUUCCGAAGCACGGCCUGCUGGGUAUUUGGUGAUCUCAUGUGCUCACUUUAUAUUUAUCUGAGCGGCAUUCUUAUGAACGCUUCUUUUGAAAUUAUUGUUUUUAUAUCAGUUGACCGCUAUGUGGCUAUCUGUGACCCUCUGCAUUACCCCACCAGAAUCACUGUGGCAAGAGUCAAACUUAGUGUUUUUAUUAUCAUCAUUGUUCUGUAUACAAGAGUAUUUGUGGUGGCUGUGUCUCAGGCUCGUGCCAUGCGCUCUCAUGUUACAGCUGUCACACUUGAGCGUUCACUGAAUCAGACAAACAAAUCUGAGUUGAAAGCAGCCAGGAACCUUGGAGUUCUUGUAAUUGUGUUUCUAGCAAGUAUUUGCCCAUUUUACUUCUACUCUCUUGUUGAUGGCAGUGUGCUCAAUGCUUCAUCUGCAACUUUUUUGAUCAUUGUUUAUUUUAACUCUUUUUUAAACCCAUUGAUCUAUACCCUGUUUUACCCCUGGUUUAGAAAUGCUGUUAAACUCAUCAUCACUCUGCAGAUAUUCAAGCAUAACAGUAGUGAAGCCAACAUACUAUAG